AUGGCGCCCUCAGCAAAGAGCGGCAAUGCUGCAGGCAGCAGCUCAAACAAUGCUGCAUCCAUCGGAAUCGGCCUCUCCUCAUCAUCCUCUGGAGGAGCAGGUGGAGGCAUUGGACUCGGAUCCUUGGCUGGCGUGCCAGCAUCUGUCUACCCGACCGACACAAUCCGAGACGUGGCCGAGUCAGUGGGUAUCAUGGGCAUGAAGGAGAGCAUUGCCGCCGCACUUGCAGCCGACGUAGAGUAUCGUAUCCGUGAGAUCGUCCAAGAUGCCACCAAGUAUAUGCGACACUCGAAACGAGACCAACUGAAAACAACCGACAUUGAUGCUGCUCUCCGCGCUCGCAACAUCGAACCCAUCUACGGCUUCCUUCCAUCAUCAUCAGGGCGAUCAAGUACUAACAUUGCUUCAAAAUACACUGCAGGUCCCACUUUCAGGCGUGUACAGACAUCGUCAGGCGUACCGUUGCACUAUGUAGAGGAUGAGGAGAUCGACUUCGACAAGAUCCUGGAAGCAGGGCCGAAGAUCGGUAUUGGACGUGGAGUUGGAUGGGGAGCUCAUUGGCUUGCGAUCGAAGGUGUCCAGCCUGCUGUGCCGCAGAACCCAUCACCGAUCGCCAUUGCAGAAGCGAAAGGAGCUACGGGCUUCAUGGGUUCGACAACGACACAACCAGGUGCAGCAGCGCCAGCAGCUAAAGCCGUCACUGUGGCUGGUGGAGAGGGCCAGGCUAUUGCCAAGCCAUUGGUCAAGCACAUUCUCUCACGCGAGCUUCAGCUCUACUAUGAGAGGCUCACAAAGUCGAUUGUCAGCCCACCACCAGAAGCAGACGAAGACCUCGACGACGAAGUCGAAGAGCCAGCACCUGCUCCUGCGCCCGCAGCAACCGCACAGGACCAAGACGUUCAGAUGGACAGUGUCGGCUCACCUAAAGAUCAGAUCGUUACUCCACCACGUCCCAAGCCACUCAAGACGUUCGCGCAGAAGGGCUCUGGCAACCACGUUCGCGAUGCAGCGCUUGCGAGUUUGCGUGGCGAUCCUGGUCUGCACCAGCUCGUGCCCUACCUCAUCCAGUUUGUUGGGAGCAAAGUCAUCGAGAUUCUUCGCUCGCCUUCAGAGGAGAACGAAGCAGACGGCGAGUCGGUAUCUACAGCGGUGCGCGAGAGCCGACAAAUCAGCACAGCCGACAAUCACAUGCUCGGUGUCCUUCUCAGCACAAUUCACGCUAUCCUUGUCAAUCCGCACAUCUUCAUCGAGCCAUACCUGCACCAGAUGAUGCCGUCGAUUCUGUCAGUCUUGCUGACAUCCUCACUGGCAGAGCCAGAGCUCCAUCGUCAGCUGCACUCCUCAGAUGAUAUUCAAAUGCCGCUGGUCACCGCUGGCCCUUCAUCGUAUUCGCUACGAGCGCAUGCAUCGGCACUGCUUACACAUGUGGUCGAUACCUUUGGCUCUUCGUAUCCGACACUCAAGCCACGCGUUGUCGCAACGUUGCUCAAAGCGCUCAUGACCGGCGUUAUCCCAGGAAACAACAAUCAAGACUCUGCCUCUCGACGCGAGGCUGCAGUACGAGAACCCCGUGCUAGCCCCGGAACCAAGCUCGGUGCACUUAUGGCACUGCGUCGUCUCGGUAAAGCCAGUUUCCGUAUGCUUCUCUCGCACUCUGCUCAACUCAAUGCUAGACUCGGCGAGGGUUCGGAGUCCACCGAACAGACCGCUACUUCUGUGUGCCCACUUCGAUCGUUAGGCGAAUGGAUGCAGUCAUGGGAGUCCGGUGCGCUGCACGCAAAUGAACGCUCGACGCAACUGCAAGCGGCUGAACUGCGAGUGAUUCAGAUGAAGCCAAUCGUCAAUGAAGUCGCGGGUGCUUUGCAUGCGUUGUUGCCGCCGUUUGUUGCGCCGAAUGCCGAGUUGACGGGUACCGCAGAAGAGAGGAACGAGACGCUGAAGAAGACCUUCGGAGAGUAUUGGAUGCAAAAGGUCGUGAAUGUGGAUGCUAGAGCAAAGGCGGCGUUGGAGACUGAGCUGGGUAUGCGAAGUAGCAAUAGCGGCGGUGCGCAGAGAGCGGUGGAGAACGGAGCUCGGUUGAAGCAGGAGAGUGAAAGUAUGUAA